GUGUGUGAACCUGGAGCUUGACGCCGCCCGGGGGCAGAGAAGCAAUACACCGUCACUGUAAAGCACUACAGGGCCGCUUUGUUGUCACAAACAUGGCUUUGUGGUGAUGAGUGACGUCGGCUGUGGAAGCUGUGGUCCCGCCGUGCCUUUGUAGUCGUGACGGGCAGAGAGCCAGCGGCAGCAGCAGCAGUAGUAGCAGCGGCGGCGGCGGCGGCAGCAGCAGCAGCAACAACAGCAGCAGCAUGGCGUCACUUUCCCCCCGCCGCACAUCUGUCAGUGCUCCGGCCGCCGCCUUCGUCCUGCUCUGGCUGUCACUGACCACAGUACAGGGCUCUCAGGGCGACAAGGAGCCGGUCUACCGGGACUGCGUGAAGCUAUGUGUCCGGACUAACUGCACCGGAGCUCGGCUACGAGGCUUCGAGUCUGCCCAGCCGCAUUACAUGGCGCUGACAGGGUGGACGUGUCGCGAUGACUGUCGCUAUCAGUGCAUGUGGACCACUGUGGGUCUCUACCAGGCCGAGGGCUACAGAGUCCCACAGUUCCACGGCAAGUGGCCGUUCGCACGCUUCCUGUGUUUUGAGGAGCCUGCGUCUGCUCUGGCCUCUCUGCUCAACGGCCUCGCUUGUCUCCUCAUGCUGCUGCGCUAUCGGAGCACAGUGCCACGCCAGAGCCCCAUGUAUCACACCAUCAACGCCUUCUCUCUGGUUUCUCUCAAUGCCUGGUUCUGGUCCACGGUGUUUCACACCAGGGACACCUAUCUCACUGAGAAAAUGGACUAUUUCUGUGCCACAGCAGUCAUUCUCUACUCCAUCUACCUUUGUUGUGUCAGAACUCUGGGUCUGAGGCGACCUGGUGUGUCCAGCAUGGUGGGAGUGCUGCUCAUCUUGACCUUUACGUCACAUGUGUCCUACUUGACCUUCGUCAGCUUUGACUAUGGCUACAACAUGGCUGCUAACGUCAGCAUCGGCAUGGUGAACCUGCUGUGGUGGCUGUGUUGGUGCUGGCAGAACCGGCGGACCCUGCCGUACUGGUGGAAGUGUGUUCUGGUGGUGCUGCUGCUCCACGGUCUGGCCCUGCUGGAGCUGCUGGAUUUCCCCCCGCUGCUCUGGGUCUUUGACGCUCAUGCCGUGUGGCACCUCAGCACUGUUCCUGUGCACGUUCUUUUCUACAGUUUCCUGAUCGACGACAGCCUCUACUUACUCAACACAGAGAAGAUGGGUGUCAAAGUGGAGUAGGCGGAGCUUAUCACCUCAUCGCCACGCCUACACCAUCACAGCGCUGUGAUCGGGGCGACAGGACACCAGAACACAGAAGUAGCUCAGCCUCCCAGAUGACAUGCAUGAUGGCAUCAGAUCAGCCUUCGUCUACACGUCUCCUCUUUUUAAAUCUUUAUUUAUUUCCUUUGACUUUUGAUUAUUAUUAUUAUACUUGAGAAUUUAUCACCAUUGAUGCUUGAUCGACUUGACUUUGCCUUGUUGCUGUGUGUGUGUGUGUGUGUGUGUGUGUGAGAGCAGCAUCAUAGAACUGUGACAUACUUGAGCGCUGCAUGAAUGACAAUAGAUGGCACCACGUCACUUUAUCCGGGCCAUGGUGAACCUUCUGUGUAGGUGUGUGUGUGUGUGUGUGUGGCGUGUGUCGCGUGUGUGUGUGUGUGUAUGUGUGCGUGCGUGUGCCUGCAGAUUCAUCCAGAGAGCGGGAGAAGCAGGGUUUCUGUGUGGAGGUCAUUCCAGCUGACGGUGUUUUCAUGUCCUCACCAUCACACGUUUAUUUUUGUGCCUGUGUUGUUUUUUAUUCGUCUUCUUCUGUUUGACCGAUGUGUGCUUUAUUCUAUCCACACUUUAAGCUCUGAUGUUUCUGAUGAUGACGACGUUGUUGUUUUUAUUCACAUGGAUUGCCUUUCAGUGUGAGCUCGGCAGUAGAAGCAGGUUGUUUUUUCACAUACAGAACAUGAAGAGUUUCUAAUGAAUUCUGGAUCCAGAGAAACUGUGUGUGCGUGUGUG